AUGAAAAAGAAUCCACCUCCAUGGUCUCCAGAACAUACUUUAGCUGUUCAGAAAAUUAAAGCUAAAGUCCAACAGUUACCUUGUUUAAAUUUACCAGAACCUGAAUGGAAGAAAAUUCGUGACUAUUACCAGAACUUAUCUGCAGAUGCUAACAUCUUGUAUACCAGGUUAAAAAAGAAUCCACCUCCAUGGUCUCCAGAACAUACUUUAGCUGUUCAGAAAAUUAAAGCUAAAGUCCAACAGUUACCUUGUUUAAAUUUACCCAAUCCUGAAUGGAAGAAAAUUGUUGAAAUAGAUGCUUCCAAUGAAGGAUUUGGUGGUAUUUUAAAACAGUUUAAUCCCAAAACUCAGAAAGAAGAACUUUUACGUUUUCAUUCUGGGCAUUGGAAUCAAGCUGCUUUAAACUAUCCAACCAUUAAACAGGAAUGUUUAGCCAUUGUCAAAUGUGUUAUGAAAUUCCAGGAUGAUUUAUUAAACCAGCAUUUUAUCAUCAGAGUUGAUUGCUCUGCUGCUCGACAGAUAUUUAAACAAGAUGUUAAAAACCUUGUUUCAAAACAGAUAUUCGUAAGCUGGCAAGGGUUUAGGUCAACCUUAUUUUACGGUUCACAUUCUUUUUGCUUCAUUGUCACAAUUAACGUGUGA